AUGGACGACGUGCAUGCCCUACUUGAGGGCUCACGCAUCAUUGUUAUUUCAGUCUCGCCCUAUCUCCUCGCCUCGGGCUUUGCCAUGGAAGAGGUGCGCUUUGCCCUCGACAAUAACCCCGUCAUCAUCCCUGUCUUCAUGCAUGAAGCCUUGCCGUUCAAUAGCGUUUGGGGGGAUGCCCGGCUCGCUGACGCCGACAUCAUUGAGCGUGUCACCGGCGCCGUGCAUGAGGAGCAGGCUAAGGCUUGGAUUGGCCCUGACCUUAUCGCUGCCUUUGGUGAUCUUGCUCACGCCAAGGAUGCUGUCCACAAGGCUGAACACUCUGAGGACCUGAACGUGAAAGCAUGGUACUCCUCGCGCUGGCGACCGUAA